AUGCGGAUUACCUUGUAUUCAUAGGUUGAUCGAUUUUAAUUGUCCCAUUAGCAAAUGUAAACAGUCAUUUUGUCGGCGUUUUACAUAUAAAAAUGGCGUGGAAUUAUCAGCAGCAUGCUGGACAUUUUAACCAACAGCAGCAGCAGCAUUACCAGCAACAUCAUCCACAGUAUGCCGGACAGCAAGCACAAGGAGCAAGUCAAACUUAUGGAAAUUAUGGCAAUUUUUUUCAACAAAACGUAUUUCAAAUGAAUGCAUGGCAGGCAUAUAAUAUGAGUGGUGAAGCAGAACUGGCCGGCAUAUUUGCACAUUAUGUCAACAGAGACCAAGCAAAUACGAUGGCUCAAGGUAUCCAAUCGGAAGACUUGUGCAACAUUCUUAACCAAACAGGAUCAAUAAAGGCUUACUAUAACAUUACUUGGAGUCGAGAACUAUGUAGCGUCAUGAUGGCUAUGUUAGAUCGGAACCCAGAUGGAUUUAUGCAGUGGCCAGAGUUUAUGGAGCUACAGCGGUGUAUUCUAGCAUGGCACAACAUGUUUAGACGGUACGAUACGGACAAGUCGGGGUAUAUUGAAUCUCACGAGCUUAAUAACGUUGUCAGUGCUUUUGGUUACCGUAUAAGUCCAGACGUAAUGACAACGUUGUUGAAGCGUUACUCAAGAGCUCAUGCUGUCAAUGGCCAAGUUCGCACGUUAAUAGCUUUUGAUGAUUUUGUGUCGCUAUGUGUGCGAUUGCGUGCGUAUACAGAUGCCUUCAGAAAAAGAGACAGAUGUUCGAAUGGAGGCUGUGAGACUGGGUCCUGCAUGUAUGGAUAUGAUGAUUUCCUUAGAUGCGUGAUGUGUCUUUAGAACCCAGCUUUUAGAUGGGAGGAUAACAACAUGUGGCAGUGUUUGAAACAAUGAAUAAACAACUUCUAUGCCAAACCAAGAUUACUCAGGACAAGGAAUACUUGUGUUAAUGCUACUUAAAGGCACAAAAACUGCUACUCACCCUUUUUCUGUUUAUUUUUCCUGUAAAACUGUCACAAAAGUCUUUGAGAUAUAAUUUAUAGCUCAAACGGGCCCGAGUGCGGGUGUUAUAAAGCAUUUUUACGCCAGCUGAAGAAACAGAACGCUUUUUUGUCUUAUUGCUAAUUUGCUGAACGCAUGCAAAGAUGGAACGGAUUAUGGCGACAUGUACAUGUUACAUGAGAAAUACCAAGCAAUGAUAAACUGUAUACAGACGACAUUCUAUGGAAGUAGUUUUCAGCCAAUCUUAUACACAUUGUGUUCAUUAAAACAAAAAUACUUCGUUUGAAUAUAUUAUAUUGAUAUGUAACCAACUUUAUUUUAAUGCAAACCGUGUGUAUGUAAUGUUCGUGACGGUACAGAACGCUUUUCUUUGUUGUCAAAUUAAUAUGUAAGUUAAGGUAGUGACUCAUAUUCAGAUAUUUCAUUGAUGAACUGUAAACUGGGCGUUUUUUGUGUCUCUUUUAUUUCACAGUUCCAUAAUAUCUGGACUGAUUAGCGUUAUUAAGAAUUCGCGGUUCGCAGUUGUUUACACUAUUGGGGAUAAUGCUUUCUAUUGUUCACGAGUUUUGAAUUCGCGUAUCGCUCUAGAAAAUAAGACAUUCGCGAUUAUUACCCAAUCUACAGUUUAUGCCUAUUGUACUAGACACACGAUCAUAUAUGUACCAGUUUUCUGUCUAGAUUUCUUGCCAGUCAUUUAGCUUCCCGGCUUAUUGACUCAACACUUUUUUUAAAAUGUCUUAUGUUUGCAACAGAAUAGUUCAAUUGACCAACCAGAAGAACUUAGUUUUACUUGUGUUUUCUUUGGCUCAUUUUUCUUUGGAAAGUCAAAACGUUUUUGUCCUGUGUUUUACUUAAAUAAAUGCAUUGUUUUUUACCUACCAAAUUAGUCAUACAUAACUCAUAUAUGAAAUUCUUAUGUCACAUAUUUUGUUCUUAAUAAUCUUUCAGUAAGUUGAAUCACUUUAUUUUCUAUGUAGAUGUACAUGUCUGUGAUAAACAUUAGUAAAAUUACUAAAAUGCA